AGCAAGCAAUGAUCCUGACUUGUUGUCAUCAGCUAAAUUUAGAUUUGCUUUAGGUAUUUAUUGUUUCACUGCUAAUGGGAAAUGGCAUUUAUAUCUGAGAGCUGAUAAACUGACAUUGCUUAUCCAGGUUACAUAUCAGGUUUUGUGGUUGGCAAGACAGAUCAUGGCAGGAGUUGACUUCUGUGAGGACUCACUGUCUGAUGAUAUACAGGGAGAAUUAGAAGUCUUGAGAUCGAUCUAUCAAGGAGAUGGAGAGUUUGCCAUGGAAACAGGUUGCCAUGGUGACAACACUAAAUCAAACUAUGUAUGUGAGGUCAUCAUAAAACCAUCUGACAUGCCGCUAGGAUUAAGUUUCUCAUUACCAGGAACGUACCCACAGAUCAGCCCUCGGAUUGAGAUGGUUUCCCUGCCUGAAUCCAUCUCACAAGAUAAUAUUGCUGUCCUCCUGGUUUACCUCUAUCAGAUUGCCAAAGAGAAUGCUGGGAUACCUCACCUUUAUUCAGUGGUUGAGGGCGCCAAACAGUGGAUUAGGGAUCACCUUGAAGACCUUCACCUUGACUCUUCUUCAACUUGUUCAGAAAGUGAUUGGGGCAGCAUAGCUGACUCUGACACCAGAGAUAAGGAGAAGAAGAAAGAAAUGAAGAAGAAUAAAGGCAAGAAGCAGGAUGAUACUCCUCAGUUUGGGCGGGACACUAAGAAACCUCCCAUGAAGACUGCUACUGAUGUCAUCUCUCGUAUUCAGUGGGACAAACAAUUGAACCCAGAGCACUUCAUAGUCGGUUACCUUGACCGUUUCAUCGGGGUCGUGGAGCAGCCGUUCCUGGCAUUCUAUUGGGGAGACAUCGCUGAAGUGGACCAUCUGACCCUAGCCAUCCCCCGGCAUCGCAUUCAGUAUUUCAAGUACAAAGACGAGGUGGUGUGGGAUAAGAGAAUACGGCUGGACAAUGUGUUUGGAUCGCUAGGAAGCGGACUCACGGUGGUGGAUGUGGUGCAGAGGUAUGCCAAGGAGAAUGACACGGAGCGGAAUGGUGGAAGUGAAAAGGAGGUGAAUGACCUGGCAGAUGUAGAAGUGGAUGAUGAUAGAGAGAGGAUGGCCAUGAAGGAUGGGAGAAUUCAGAGAAGGAGAAUAGAUAAAUCACGGCCUAACUAUUUCAUAGCAAUACAGAUUACUAAUGAGGAUAUCAAGACUGGGGUGAAACAGAUCCAGGAUCACAUGACCAGUAUGGAUCCUCUUGUUUCAUCAUACCUAACUUCUCUCUCACAUCUUCAUGUCACACUCUGUAUGCUCCAACUUGCCUCAAAGGCACAGAUAAACACCGCCCUCUCUGUUCUGAAAACCAUCCAACCCGAACUCGCAUCGAUGCUUCUUCCCGUCACUAUGAUGAGGUUCCAGGGAGUUGACUCGUUCCAUGAUCGCAUCAUAUAUUCCCCAACGGAGGCAGAUAAUGCUCUUGAGAAAAUGACACAUUUCUUGCGAACGUCGCUCUCCAAAGCUGGCCUGAGCUUAAUAGGAACUCGAGAUGAGUUUGUCCCCCAUCUCACCAUCAUGAAAAUGGCUCGUGAAGAAGCAAAUGGUCAUCCCAUUUUUACCUCUGACCUAAAAUCUAUAUUUUCUGAGGUGCACCUAGGAACUCAGGUUGUUGAUGCUAUCCAUUUGUGUUCCAUUGAUGAUAAACCAGCUCAUGAUAGAUUCUACUAUUCAUUAGCCAAGGUUGAUUUGAAUGAGUAGAUGAAUAGAUUAUUACAGACAAUUGUGUGUAAAGCAUUUGGAUACAUAUUAAACACCUUAGUUCAAAUUUAUUUUGAUAAGUGAUGUGAUAGUACUAGUGUCUCUUCAUCAAUAUUUGUAAAGCUUGAUCAUCUUUGGAAACUUUGUGAUGUCUGCUGUCUCAUGAAGAGGCUGAUUAUGUAACUUAUGCAAAAAUACCACCAGUCCUUGGUUAGUUUUUAACAAAUACCACCAGUCCUUGGUUAGUUUUUAACAAAUACCACCAGUCCUUGGUUAGUUUUUAACAAAUAGCAGUCCUUAGUUAGUUUUCAACAAAUACCACCAGUCCUUGGUUAGUUUUUAACAAAUACCACCAGUCCUUGGUUAGUUUUUAACAAAUACCACCAGUCCUUGGUUAGUUUUUAACAAAUACCACCAGUCCUUGGUCAGUUUUUAACAAAUACCACCAGUCCUUGGUUAGUUUUUAACAAAUAGCAGUCCUUAGUUAGUUUUCAACAAAUACCACCAGUCCUUGGUUAGUUUUUAACAAAUACCACCAGUCCUUGGUUAGUUUUUAACAAAUACCACCAGUCCUUGGUUAGUUUUUAACAAAUACCACCAGUCCUUGGUUAGUUUUUAACAAAUAGCAGUCCUUAGUUAGUUUUCAACAAAUACCACCAGUCCUUGGUUAGUUUUUAACAAGUACCAACAGUCCUUGGUUAGUUUUUAACCUUGAUGCUAAUAAAGAUAGAAUGCCAGUUAUUUCAACAAUUUUAAAUUUAUUCACACAAAAUCCAAUAACGUGACCACCCAAGUGCCUGCAUGUAUUGAUGAAAAGAAAAAAUAUGUGCCAAAGAAUUUUGGAAGAAUUUUUGUAGUUGCUGAGAAAUUGGCAAAGUAAGUAUGGGCAUUAUAGUGAGAUGUUGGGUCUUUUUCCAAGCAGUAAUAAUAAUACACUGUCCCACAUCCUCUUAUCUGUGUUAGUAAGUGUCAGUGUCAGCUUAAGUUUCAUGAUUUCACUGGCCUGUAUAUUUAAAAGAGGUUUUAAUUGUACAAAAACAUGAACUAUGCAGAUUUAAAAAUAUGUCUUUCCUCAAAGCAGGCAUGUGUAAUUGCAAUUUUCUGAGUGUACACGAUGAAAUAAACAUAAUUAUGUACGAAAAUCUGUCUAGUUUAUGGUUUUCUACCUUGAUGGUAUUUUAGGAAAUUGGCUAUACAAUCUCCUAAUAUUUAUAUAAAAGUUAGGUCCUACCUUAAUUCUUGCUCGCCAGAAGAUAGAAUGGGGUCCAGCCGCUCAGAAUCUCAGGUAAAUUGCACAAAUCCGUGAAUAGAAAUAUAUACACUUCACAAUUUCAAAUACAGUAGAUAAAGGGACAGAUGUCACAAAAUGUCUCGCGAAGUAAUGAGCUCAUUAAAUAUGCAGAGAAUAUAGACUUCGAAUGAGUGGAAGUGACGGUAAGGAAUAAGAUUGGAAAAUACAGAGAAAUAAUUAAGUAUAAGUUGAUCCUCCACAAGAUUUGAUUCAAUCCUCACUAGCAGCUGGAUGAGAUGGUCAGCAUGAGUGGACAGGACGAAGGCAGAGAGUAGAGUGGUGAUGUGGUAGAGAAAACAAGUUGUUUUUGACCAACAUCAGAAAAGGUGAGACAAAGAAAUAAGCUCCAAAAAGGGUGGCAAAACGCAGUUGAAAAGAACAAAGAAGAGAGAGGUAGACUGUGAGAAAAGCAAACAUGCAAGCAUCUCUGUAGUGAUGUUGUAUACCUGCAAGUUCAUUGCAAUACACAAGGAACAAUGAAAGGAUGUUUGCUCCAAUUCUAGGAACAAAAGAAAGGUUGUUUCUCAAUAUAAGAAUGUGUUUGCCAAGUAGAUUUGGACAGAAAAUGAGUUGGCUUGCUCUGUGAAUGUACAGUAUUGUAGUACAUACACAUGGCGUGAACAAGUGAGAAUAUAUGAAAUUGGAAAUAAAAGAAAGAAUUUAUAUACAUAUACAGAAUGUUGAAAUAUAAAUGAAAAUAUAUACAAGGAAAGAAUAAAUAGAUGUAGAUAUAUAAAAAGAUAUAGUCAAGUCACUACAAAAAAAUUGUCUUACCUGCAAGAGUUGAAGAGAAAUCUUGCAAGUGUGGGAUAGGGUAUCGAUCCGGGACUGUGCGAGCGUUGAACAAAAUGUUUUUGCUUGCUUAACAAGAGCACCCAUAAUUAUAAUUUUCCAUGUAGUUUGGCUUACAAAUUUUAAUUAUUCUUAGCAUGUAUUGUGGAUGGAGAGAUCCAUUUGCAAACAUUUCAUAAAUAAUUAUAUGAUAUAAAAAAUAUAUGUACAGAGCUGGCCAUUUGUAGGAUGUUAAAAGGGACAGUAACACCAAAUAGGAUUUUUCUCCUAGAAAUAGGAUUUUUUUAACUUGUAAAAAUUAUGAUUUUUGGUGUGACUAUGUUUUCAAGAUUUUAAAGGAAAAUAGGAUUAUAGGCUUGAAAUCAGAUGAAAAGAAGUAAAGAAUAGUAUUUUUUCAUAAUUAACGUUGGCAGGUGUGUAAAUGGCUUAAAUUUCAAUAUUUAGGUUGUUUUAUUCAUUCAACACUAUUCAUGGUUUUAUUUGAAUUGAGAAUUGUCGAUACACAUUAAUAUCAUUAGAGGUAUUGUGGAUAAGUCUCUGGACUGUUAGAUAUGAAAUCAGGGAUUCAAAUGCUACUGCAGCACUAAUAUAUCUUACCAAGACACUUAUCUAUUAUUGCCACUCACCACCCAGGUGUUUUUAUCCAGUACUGUGCAUAAAACUUGAUAAUUAUUUAAAUAUACGACACUUUUGAUAUUGAAAUACUUUUGUCAGAUAGAAUGGAAAACGUGUGGUGACAAUCAACUUUGGUUGUAAAUAAUUUUUUGCUGUGACUACAUUAAAUUAGCUUAAAGCAUAUUAUAUUUAGACAUUAGAGAAAGUGGGGUGGGGCUAUUAUCUAUUUACUGAAUUUUAUAUAAUAUUCUGUUACAUUAAAAAGCCACUGACCUCAGUCACUCCCAACAUUUCCUUCAUUCUUUUAAGCAAAAUAUCACCUCUAAUUUUGCCCAUUGUUAACCCCCCCCCAAGUUUUAAAUUUGAUUUAAUGGCAUAUUUCCACCCUCCUCAAAUCCCUAUUGUUUAGUCUGCCUAACCAUUAUAACAAUGGUUAGCAGAUGUAACAAACAAUAUUGUGUAGAAAUGGGUUACACUUCGUAAUUCCGGAGGUUCUUUAUUCCAAAGGUUCGUAAUUCCGAAACACGUUAAUUGCCUAUACCUCGAUGUUCGUUAAUCCGAAAACGUUAAAGGGCUCGUUAAUCCGAACAUUUGUGGCGUUAUUCCGAAGGUUCGAUAAUCCGAAAACAAAAUAAGGUUCGUUGUUCCGAAGGUUCGUUAAUCCGAAAACAAAAUAAGGUACGUUAUUCCGAAGGUUCGUUAGUCCGAAAAUGAAAUAAGGUUCGUCAAUCAUUUCGUUUUCGGACUAACAAACCUUCGGAAUUUCGAACCUCAUUUCGUUUUCGGACUAACGAACCUGCGGAAUUACGAACCUUCGGAAAUACGAACCUUCGAAAUAACGAACCUUCGGAAUAACGAAGCUUCGGAAUUACGAAUGUAUGCGUAGAAAUGUACCAUGACUAAUUUUUAAACUGGAAAUAUGUGCAAUUCGAUCAUCAUUCCACACAAUUUGGUAAUGUAGAUAUUUGUUUUGAUGAAGUGUGUUAAGAGUUGUGUAUCAGCCCUUAUCUUGAUAGAUAUGUAUAAAUAUUUUAGAGAUAAUUUUCUUAAUACACAUUUGUACAAUUUUUGUACUCUCCAAAUCAUCAUAUGGUACCACGUCUUUCACAUUUUUGAAGAAUAAAAGAGACAUGAACAACUGUUAACAUUGUGCAAAGUACAGCUUUAUCUGAUCACAUAAGUCUUGAAUUUUUAUAUAAAAAGUGGAUACAUUCUUAUUGUGCCCACAAUAUCGUACAAUGAAACUACAGUUUUUGGUGGGAAAAUUGUUAUCACUAUUGAACUGCAGAUCAAGUAUUAGUACACAAUACAAAGAGUAUACAAUA